CAAAGUAAUACGAGCUCGGAAAUUACCCACGAUCAAGAAGAGCUGAUUCUCCUGCACAGGGAUGAUAAAUCCCAUCGCGUGCAGUAUGAAAAGGCCAGAAAAUUAUGGAAUGGCUGCAUUGAUCUAUUUCCUAAAGUAAUUGCUCAAUGUAGAUCGGAACAAGAUGUGUUAUCUGCUCUCCGAUAUGCCAAAAUUCAUCAAUUAGAGUUGAGUAUCAGAGGAGGUGGACAUAAUGUGUGUGGCUUUGCUUCGUGUAAUGAUGGCAUGAUGAUUGAUAUGUCCAAGAUGAAUGAUGCUAAAUUUGUUGUGAACAAUGAUGAGAAAUUGAUAAGAGUCCAAGCUGGAGCAUUGUGGGGAGAUGUUGAUAGGGAAUGUUCUAAAGAGAAUAGAUAUGUUGUUGGUGGAAUGGUGAGUCAUACAGGUGUGGCUGGAUUGACAUUAGGUGGAGGAAUAGGAUGGCUGAGUAGAGCUUAUGGAUUAACAUGUGAUAGUUUAGUUUCAGUUCGAAUGGUAUCAGUGGAGGAGGAAACAAUUGUGGAAGUGAAUGAAAAAGAUGAGCUCAUGUUUGGACUCAGAGGAGGCGGAGGAAAUUUUGGAAUUUGUACUGAAUUCACAUUCAAGACAAGAAAAUUAACUAAAAUGGAUCAUGGAAUUUUUGUGUAUCCAUUUGAGAAUGCAACAAAAGUUGUGGAAACUUAUUUCGUCAUGACAAAUCCUUUUAGUGAGACACAACCAAAAAUUCCUGACAAUAUUACAUUGUACUUGUUUAUUGCCAAGGAUCAAAUUAUAAUCAUGUCCUUAUUUCAUGAAGGAGAUGUCACAGAAAAUGAAAAGGAUCAAGUUUCAUAUAAUUUCUAUACCGAAAAUAUUAUUGGAAAGUUAUUUGAAAUGGAACCCUUAUUGACUUCUUUUUGUGAUGACUAUGUGGAGCUACAACAAAAGUUUGAUAUUGGAAAUAGCCACGGCAAAAAGUAUUAUUGGAAAACUCUAUUCUUCAAUGAGCCAAUUCAAAAGCAAGCUAUCAACCACUUGUUGGAAUGUAUCAAAACAGCUCCAUAUACCACCAACAUUGAAGUCAUGCAUUUGGGAGGUGAAAUCUCCAGAAAAUCAAAACAAGAUACAGCUUAUGUACAAAGAGAUGCUAUUUAUGAGAUUCACAGUAUUGGAAGUUGGGAAAACAAUACGGACAUAUCAGUCUUUAAAAAUUGGGCCGAUUCUCAAUUUUAUUCUGGACUUUGCAAUUUUUCAUGUAAUGUUAGUGGAUAUGUGAAUACAAGUGGGGCUGUAGAUUGUAAUACCAUUGAAUAUUAUAAGGAAAAUUAUGAGAAAUUGGUUCAACUGAAACGAAAGUAUGAUCCCAGUAAUUUACUAAAAAGAAAUCACAACAUAAAGCCAUAAAUUAUACAAAUCCAAUUUAAUCCAAUUCGAAUAAAUUAUUUUCACUUUCCUCUUCU